UUUUGAUGACAGAACACAAAACGACGAUCUACUUUUUUAAAGUUAUACUUGUUUAUUGAUGAGCUACCUCUAUACACCAACUGCUGAUCAUCCCUUCCGAAUGUUAUAAACUUCCGCCAAGAUUCACUGACCUGAAACCGUGUGCAAUAUUGUUUGCCGUGACAAUAACAGUUCUAGAAUAUCGCAUUGAAAAUCAAAUCGCAGUAUUCAGCAACUGUUGAGGGGUGAAAUCUGCACAAUCUUUUAAACUUGUAGAUAAUGCGUUACGCAGUUUCUUGUGAAUGUUAAAGUGAGAGCAUGGAGGUUGAGGAGAGAAACUCACGGACCGCGCGGCCGGACGACGGGGGAGAGACCGAGGAGCGGAUCAUCUACGGGGUGGAGGACGUUCCCCUCCCACACCUUACCGUGGUGUUUGCCCUACAGCAAGCCAUUCUAGCCCUAGGAAGCACUCUGUCCAUUCCUUUCAUUCUGACCAAUCAGCUAUGCUCCAGCACAAAUGCCGACGCGCGUGCACAACUUCUAUGCAUUUCCAUGUUCAUGUGUGGAGUGGCCACUAUUUUACAGACCACAUUUGGUGUCAGGCUAGGAAUCAUCCAAGGAGGCUCCCAUAACUUCCUGGCGCCUAUUAUAGCCAUGAUGGCGCUGGAAAAAUGGAAAUGUACCGAGGAAGAGUUGCACAUUGACAGCAUAAGUGUAAACAGCAAUUAUACAAUAACUAUUGACAGAGACGAGGUCUGGCAGAGGAGAAUGCGAGAGAUCCAAGGAAACUUGAUGCUUGCCUCCAUCGUUCAGUUAGUGCUGGGGUGUACGGGCCUGAUGGGUUUCUUCCUGAGGUAUAUCGGCCCCCUCACUAUCGCCCCCACUAUCUCCCUCAUUGGUCUAUCUCUGACCGCUGUAGCAGCCGAUAUCAACCAAUACCACUGGGGGAUCGCCAUGCUAACUCUGACGCUGAUUGGCCUAUUCAGUUUAUAUCUGGGCCGUGUAAAGGUUCCGAUCCCUAGCUUCUCUAGAGAAAAGAAAUGUCACAUGACGACCUAUCCAAUUUUCCAGCUAAUGCCGGUUAUUCUCAGCGUGGCUCUGUGUUGGAUUCUCAGCUACAUUCUGACGGUCACUGACGUCAUAUCUCCAACCAUCGUCAUCAACAACAAAAACACCACCAAUCUCGCGCGCACUGACGCCAGACUUGACGUGCUCAAUACAAUGCCCUGGUUUUAUUUUCCUUAUCCAUUCCAGUUCGGCACGCCCACUGUGUCGGUCGCCGGGUUUGCUGGCAUGCUGGCCGCCACCAUCUCCUCCAUCAUUGAGUCCGUGGGCGACUACUUCGCCGCCGCCCGACUGUCUAAUGCUGAAGCGCCACCGCCACACGCCGUCAAUCGUGGAAUCGCCACAGAAGGCUUCGCCAGCAUUAUCUCGGGAAUGGUUGGCGCGGGGCAUCCUACCACCUCAUACAGCGGAAACAUCGGGGCCAUAGGAAUCACAAAGGUGGCCAGCCGGCGGGUGUUCCAGGUCGCGGGGGUCACCCUCCUCCUCAGCGGCAUCAUCGGUAAAUUUGGCGCGGUGCUGACCCUGAUCCCGGACCCAAUCAUCGGUGGGACGCUGACGGUGGUGUUCGGGAUGGUGGGGGCGGUGGGGAUCUCCGUACUACAGUUCAUGGACAUGUCCUCCACCAGGAAUCUGACCAUCCUGGCCUUGUCCAUGAUCCUGGGGUUGAUGGUACCUCAGUGGUUACUGACCCAUCCGAACUCCAUCAAUACGGGAAGUGAGGAUUUGGACCAAGUCUUGGAGGUUCUUCUGACGACCGCCAUGUUUGUGGGCGGGGUCAUUGGGUUCAUACUCGACAACACUGUGCCGGGAACUAAAGAAGAACGCGGGCUUUUAAGAUGGCGAGAAACAUUAGAAGCGUCGCAAAAGAGGCGAAAGCCUGUCCAAUACAACAUGCCUUUCGUCACAAGAAUCAUCAAACGAAUAAAGUGCUGUGUAUACUUCCCAAUAUCUCCGACAUUCAGCAAAAGUCCCUUAACUUGUUGCAAGAAAACCAAAAAACAGAAAGCCUACGAACUCGAUGUUGUUACUACAGACAUUAAGCCAGUGCAACAGAACGGGGGUGGGACAUGAGAGAGAGAGAGAGAGAGAGAGAGAGAGAGAGAGAGAGAGAGAGAGAGAGAGAGAGAGAGAGAGAGAGAGUGUGUGUGUGUGAUAUGUUAUUGAAUAACGUAAUCACGCCUAUACUAUAGAAACCAGUGUUCCAAUGCUUGUGAUGAUUGAUAUGCAGGUACAUACAUAAAAAUAAAAUAAAUAAUGUAG